AUGAAACUGGACUUAGGCAGCCACCCCACGUUCCAGCCUACCGAACUGAAGCCCUGGGAGUGCUGUGCCCUGGAGACCCUGGAGAGGAGCGAUGGGUUCUUGGGCUGGGAGUCUGCAGGUUACAAAGUUUUCAAAAAUGACAGAAGGCCUACAAAUUUUGAUAAAAAGGUGUUAGUAUGGGCAGGACGCUUUAAAAAGGAGGAGGACAUUCCCAAGCACGUAUCGUCUGAGGUCCUCGACGCAGCAAGAAACAGCGUCAGGAUAAAGGUUUGCUACAUCAUGAUUGCACUGACCUUGCUGGGCUGUUUGGCCAUGGUAAUCACAGGCAAAGAAGCUGCUAAAAGGGAUCACACGCUGCUGAGGAUGAACACAGAAAAGAAGGCCCAAUGGAGGGCCGAAGUGGAGAAAGAUGGGGCAGCUGUUGGGAAGCCACAAUGA